UGGGUUCUGGGCGCUGGGAAGAGGGGGACUGAGGGGAUCUUGGGGACGCGGGUCCGCAGGGCAGACUAGGGGAACGGGACCGGUGGGGCGGCCAACCCGGAGUCCGCGUCGGACCUUGUGGACUCUGAGGGAACUGGAACGCGACCCGAGGUAUCCAGCCGCUCUGAUCAGUGCGACGCGGCCUUGGGCGUGGUCCGUGGGCGUGACCCUGAGGGUGAGAAUCGAGUGUGACCUGGAAGGAACUCGGCGAGAGCUGGUUUUGUCUGUGUUGGAACCCAGGAAGCCGCAUCGCAGGAAUCCGGGCCUCACAGAGCGCGGCGCGGCGCGGCGGUGUGUGUGUAAAGUGGACGGGAUCGUGUGUGCACGCGUGUGUGCGUGCAACGUGGACAGGAUCGUAUUCCCGCGCGGGGCUUCUGCUGCAUGUGACCUUUUCAGAGAUCAUUUCUUCUUCCAUAAGAAGCACUCAAAGGAAGAGGUUGUCCCAUGAAAAUUCUCAAAGCCAUGCUGCAGGUCUGCUCACAGAAGUGUCACUGGAACAGAAAAGGACUCUCUUAAGUUGGAGUAUAUUACUUGAGUGAAUCACUCUUGCCUAGAUACUGGUGUGAGAUCUAAUAAGUAAUGAGGAGUCAAGGAACAGACGUGAAAAAAACCUUGAUUUCCACCACUAACUUGGUUUUGCAAUGACACCUAGGGUAGAUCACAGACGAAGCAUUGGUAGUAAGGGGCCGAAGUGAUAGUAUGGCGGGUAGGGCAUUUGCCUUGCAUGUAGCCGACCUUGUUCAAUUCCUGACAUUCCAUGUGGUCCACCAAACCUGCCAGGAAUGAUUCCUGAGUGCAGAGCCAGGAGUAACCCCUGAGCAUUGACAAGUGUGGACUCCCUCAAAAAGGAAAAGUUGGUGUUCUAGUCCCUUUAGGAUGAACGAGAGUGUGCCAUUACAGGGACCCGUGUCAUUCAAGGAUGUGACUGUGGACUUCACCCAGGAGGAAUGGCAACAUCUGGAUCCUGCACAGAAGGCACUCUACAGGGAUGUCAUGCUGGAAAAUUAUUGUCAUCUCAUCUCCGUGGGGUUUCACAUGACUAAGCCUGAUAUGAUCCGCAAGUUGGAACAAGGAGAAGAACUGUGGACAACAGAGAGAAUUUUUCCAAGUCACAGCAACCUAGGAUUUAUGUUCUAUGCAUUUUCCAUUCUAAAAGAAGAAGAUGGGAAAACUGAAGAUGUUAUAGUGAAAUUCAAAGACUACCAAGACAGGCAUUCUAGAUCAAUUAUACUCAUCAACCACAAAAGACUAAGUAAGGAGAGAAAUAAUAUUUGGGGGAGAGCACUUACGGUAGGCAAGAAUCAUAUUUUUUCCAAAACAACACUGCAUGAUUGUAAACCUGACGGAAAGGUUUUGAAAAAUAUUUCACAAUUAAUCAUUAGAAAUAUAAGCCCUGUGGAAGAGAAAUUUGGUGAGGGUAAUGAGUGGAAGAGAUUGCUCCUUGAUGCUAAAAAUGAGAAAACUCAUGCUGCAGUGACUCUCUAUAAACAAACAGAAAGGAGUCUAAGUGGUAAACAAGAGCCUGUUCAACAUCAGAAGUUUCAAACACCAGAGCAAGCAUUUGAACAUAGUGAAAAACCCAUCCUUAUGAAAGGAAUGUUAUGUGCACAUUCUAGAAAUCACAAAGGAGAAAGAACCUUGGAAUAUAAUGAAGAUGAAAUAGCUUUCAUCAAAAAGUCAAAUUUCAGUGUCCAUCCACAAAUUGUUAUGGAGAAGAAGCCCCAUGCUUACAACAAAUAUGGGAAAUUCCUCUGUAGGAAGUCCAUCUUCAUGCAUCAGCGAUCUCAAGAUGAAGAGAAACCCUUUCAGUGUGCUUACUGUGGAAAUAGAUUUAGAAGGAAGUCAUAUCUCAUUGAACAUCAGCGAAUCCACACAGGUGAGAAACCUUAUGUUUGCAAUCAGUGUGGAAAAGCUUUCCGUCAAAAAACAGCACUCACACUUCAUGAGAAAACACAUAUAGAAGGGAAACCUUACAUUUGUUUAGAUUGUGGGAAGUCCUUCCGACAAAAGGCAACCCUCACCAGACAUCACAAAACACAUACAGGGGAGAAAGCCUAUGAAUGUACUCAAUGUGGAAGUGCUUUUAGAAAAAAAUCAUACCUCAUUGAUCAUCAGAGAACUCACACAGGAGAGAAACCGUAUCAAUGUAAUGAAUGUGGGAAAGCAUUUAUCCAGAAGACAACCCUCACUGUACAUCAAAGAACUCACACAGGAGAGAAACCCUACAUUUGUAAUGAAUGUGGGAAAUCUUUCUGUCAAAAGACAACCCUCACUCUCCAUCAAAGAAUUCAUACAGGAGAAAAACCAUAUAUUUGUAAUGAAUGUGGAAAAUCCUUCCGCCAGAAGGCAAUCCUUACUGUUCAUCAUAGAAUACAUACAGGAGAGAAAUCCAAUGGGUGUCCUCAGUGUGGGAAAGCCUUUAGUAGGAAAUCAAAUCUCAUUCGUCAUCAGAAAACUCACACAGGAGAGAAACCAUAUGAAUGUAAAGAAUGUGGGAAGUUCUUCAGUUGUAAGUCAAACCUCAUUGUCCAUCAGAAAACUCACACAGUAGAAACCAGGGAAAUUCAGUAAAUGGUGUUAAAAACUUAAAAAGUCAUGGUAAAUCCUAUACAUAAUGUUGCUUGCAGGUAUAUAAUUUCAAUAAUUUAAGGUUUCAAGUCCCAUACUUACCUACUGUUUGCUAGCCUAGGCAGACAAAGAAUUACAGUAUAAAUGUCAUUGAAAAUGUAAAUCAAAAUUUUAAUAGGUUCAGCAGACAUAAACUUCCUCUGCUACUUAUAAUUAAAAUUGCUUAUUUUCAAUUUCAAUAUAUAUUGUGAACCAGUAAUAAAUAGCUGGUACAUGGGUCACACUAUGCAUAAGUGCUUUAAGAGAAAGGUGUUAAUUGUGUUUCUCAUUGCAAAUAUGGAAUAAAAACUAGUUGCUACCUCCUCAAAGUUAACCACAGGUCUGGCUUCUAACAGAUUAUAAAACCUUUUAUAAAUUGGAUUGUAUCAAUUCAGUCAGCUUAAUCAAUGGCUGAAUAAAUAUCAGUACUUCUACAUUUUAAAAAAUUGGAUUGUAUAUCAUUCUUAAUAUGUGUAUUUCCUUCAUCGUGUCUUUAAAAUGUAUCAUUAGUGCAUGUGGUAGAAUGUCAUUUAUUUUUAUUCUGUACAGGAUCCCAUUAUAUGAUUCUAUCACAACUUAUCAAGUCUAUUAUUGGUGAAUUUUUUUAUUGUUUACAGCUUAGGGACUUAAUAAAUAAUUCUUC